AUGGCUAGUGUGAUACAUUUAAAAGGUGUAAGGACUAGGUUUAGAAAUGUUCUAAAAAAGAAUAUUGAAGCUGCCAAGGAAUUACUGAAGUGUGAUGUCGAAUUCUGUGAUAUUGACAGGAAUAUUUCAGAAACAAAUAAAUGUAUGCAAAGUCUUAAAGUGUAUUGUGAAAAGUUGGAGCUACAAAGUGAGAAAUUAUCUGGUGCUGUUGAAGAAACUGACACGGAGUUUGUCCAACAAAUUACUGAUGAAGAUAGUGAAUUAUGUACAGACGCUGUAGAGUGCUGUAUCAUUUUACAGCAACACAAGGAGUUAUUACUUAGCGAGAAGGAAAAGAGUGAAACAAAACAAGUAAAAAAUGUAACGAUUGAAGAAACGCAAAACGAACAACUCGUAUCUUUACAGAGAGACAUGCAAAGACUAAUGGAAAUACAAUUACAACAACAGGAAAAACUCAUAGAAUCUCAGACUAACAAAGGUAAAGUCUCUUCUACGAAAUUACCUAAGUUAGACUUAAUAUCUUUCAGUGGCGAUAAAACAAAAUGGAUUGAAUUCUGGGAUUCGUUCAAGUGUUCUGUUCACGAAAAUGCAACGCUUUCCAACAGUGAAAAGUUCAAUUAUUUGAGGAGUAAAGUGUACGGUGAAGCUCAGCGUGCAAUAUCAGGUCUUACGUUAUCCGAUGCUAACUACGAAGUAGCUGUCGGAGUUCUAAAGGAACGUUUCGGGAACGAACAAGAAGUGGUCGACGUACAUUAUAACAAGUUAAUUAAUUUACAACCUGCAAUAAACAAAACAAGCAGUUUAAGAGUACUACUUGAUGCAGUAGAAAAACACUUACGCAGCCUAGAAGUGUUAGGACAAAAUGCGAAUCAAGAUGUGUUUGUGUCCAUGAUAAGAGCCAAAUUACCAGAAGAUGUGUUAGUCCAACUGGAAAUUCUCAGUGGUACGAAGAAAAAGUGGAAUACAUUUAGGCUAAGAGACAGGUUACGGGAGUAUAUUAUAGCGAGAGAAAGGGCUGAAAAGGACAAAGAACCAGAUAAAAGAUCUUUAAAUUCUCACUCAGUACAAAAAGGAAUAAGAUUAAAUGAGUCAAAAGAACCGAUAACGAGAAGCUUUGCAAAUUCAGGAUCCGCACACGUGUUAGCAGCCGUUAGAAAACAACCAACUAUGAAAAGAAACACCGAAAAUUACGCUGAUAAAUGUCGUUAUUGUCAACAAAAACACUGGAGUGACGAGUGUAACAAAUAUCGGACUAUCAGUGAAAGGAAACAACAACUAAAGGACAGUUGUUAUAAAUGCUUGAAGACAGGUCACCAAUCCAAUGAGUGCAAGAGAAACAAAUUAUGUACCCACUGUGGUGAAGUAAAUAAACACCACCGUAGUUUGUGUCCAAAGAAAUUUAAAUUUAGAGAAACAAUGUCACAUUUAGCAAGUGAAGUAAUGGAAGCCAUGGACGUUUCUGAAGAAAAUGUGCUUGUGUCAUCAGAUGAAAUGGUCCUGAUGCAGACAGCCCUGACGGAUAUAAAAAAUCCAGAAACCUCUGAAACUCAGUCUGUGCGACUUUUAUUAGAUUCGGGAUCUCAUCGAACAUAUAUUACUGAAAAACUAGCAAAUAGGUUACAUCUCAAAGAAACAGGGGAACAGGAAAUCAAACUAGUUACAUUUGGGAGUAACAGUACGCAACGUAUAAGAACAAAGUGUGCUAAUAUCGAUGUAAAACUAAAAAAUGGAACGUACAUCUCAGUUAGUGUGAAUAUUGUUCCAACUAUUAGUGGUCACUUACAUCGCAGUCCAGUCAGUAUUUUGGAAACAGAACAAUUUAAACACGUAGUUGGAAGUGUAGAUCUAGCAGAUACGCUGCCAACAGAAAACGAAUCCUCAUCAAUAGAAAUGUUGGUCGGCAAUGACUAUAACUUGGAUUUCAUUCUCUGUCAAAGAAUCGAAUUACACCCUGGGUUAUAUUUACUAGGAUCUAAGUUAGGAUGGAUUCUGACUGGUAGAACUAAUGAUCAAGACAACAAUGACGGCCCGUGCAUGCUUAUUAUGACGCAUGGGAAAAGUUUUACAAAGACAAGUUUCACCAAUGUGGAUAGUGUAGUACCUGUGAAACCUGAUCUAGAGGACUUUUGGAGAGUAGAGUCUAUUGGUAUUUUAGAUAAACAAAAUACUUCCGACGAUGAAAUGGCCAUGAAAAUGUUUCUAGAUUCUCUGCAGUUUGAAAAUGGACGUUAUCAGGUCACAUGGCCUUGGAAUGAGGACUGUCCGAAUUUACCAGUAAAUAGAGAGCUGGCUCUUGGUCGUUUAAAAAGUUGUUUAAACAAAAUGAAAAACAAACCUGAUCUAUUACAGAAAUACGAUGCAGUGAUGAAGGAUCAAUUGAGCAAGGGUGUUAUUGAGAAAGUAGAACAGUCAAAAACAGAUGGAUUGGUACAUUACUUACCUCACCACGCGGUUAUUACACCACAAAAGGCAACAACAAAAAUACGAGUCGUAUACGACGCAUCCGCAAGAACACGAAAAGAAAACAAAAGCUUAAAUGAGUGCAUGUAUAGAGGACCUGUGAUGCUUCAAGACCUCUGUGGUAUGCUACUACGAUUUAGAAUACAACAUGUAGCAGUAGUUACUGACAUAGAAAAGGCGUUUCUCCAGAUUGGAUUGCAGUCUAACCAACGUGACGUGACACGAUUUCUUUGGUUGAAGGACUUUGAAAAACCUAUAUUUGAUGCUGAUAAUAUUCAGGAAUACCGAUUUUGCAGAGUACCUUUCGGUGUCAUCAGCAGUCCGUUUCUACUGGGAGCUAUUGUAGAUUACCAUUUAAAAUCUUACAACGAUGAAAUCGCAGAAAAGCUAAGAAACAACAUAUAUGUAGAUAAUGUUAUAUCUGGAGCCGAAAAUACAAGUGAAGCUAUUAAAUUGUAUAAAACGUCGAAAUCGAUGUUUGCAGACGCUUCCAUGAAUUUAAGGGAAUGGAUAACGAAUAGUGAGGUGGUUAAUGAGUUCAUUCCUAAAGAAGACAGAGCAUUUACUAACUCAGUAAAAGUUCUUGGACAUUGUUGGAAUGUCAAAGAAGACACGAUAAAUUUGUCAAAGCCGAAGGUAGUGUUGGAUCAGCAAGAAUGGACAAAACGUAGCGUGUUAAAAUGUGUUGCUUCCGUCUUUGAUCCACUUGGAUUACUUUCGCCAGUACUCUUACGAGGAAAAGUGCUUCUACAAUCGUUAUGGCAGAAAAAUCACGAUUGGGACGAAGAAAUAAGUACUGAAGAUCAAAUGAAAAUGUCCGAGAUUGUAUCAGACAUCAACAAGAUAAACACAUUUCAUAUACCAAGAAAGGUUUGUGAAUUUCAUGGAACAGUAACGUAUUCCUUGUUGUGUUUCUGUGAUGCCUCAGAGAAAGCAUAUUCUACGGUUAUAUAUCUUCACACACAUCAAGCUCAAACUUCCAUUGUUAAUAUGGUGUUUUCCAAGACACGUCUUGCGCCAGUGAAGAAAUUAACGAUUCCGAGGUUGGAACUACUAGCGGUUGUGAUCGGCCUAAGAUGUUUAAAGUUUAUAAGAGAUGAAAUUAGAGUACCAGUCUCUCAAAAUUAUUUGUGGACAGAUUCAAAAUGCGUAUUACAAUGGAUUACGUCACAAAAUAAAUUAUCAGUGUUUGUGAAAAACAGAGUCACAGAAAUUAAAGAACACAGUAACGUAAACUUGUCAUAUAUUCCUACGAAGGAGAACCCUGCAGAUGUUGCUUCUAGGGGAACAACGCUAGAAAAGUUGAAAUCUAACACUACGUGGUGGUAUGGUCCAAAGUGGUUGCUGGAACCAAUGCCCGAUUGGCCAGUAUACAGUGAUCAGCAAAGUGGUAUUACUGAAGAGGAGAUAGAAGAAGUAUUACAAACAGAAGAGAAAAGCAACAAAGAAACAAUGUUAGUGCAAUUGACCAAUUUUGACAAUACAGAAAGGGCAAGUAAUCCGCCAUUUAAUAUUGACAGUAACAAAUAUUCUUCUGUAACUCGUCUAACAAGAGUUACCGCGUUAGUUUUACGCUUUGUGCUGAAACUCAAAAAAGUGUCGUGUAAAGAUGGCCCUUUAGAAAGUACAGAACUGUUCGAAGCCGAGAAAAUGUGGUUACAACAUGUUCAAGAAAGCCAUUUUCAAAGUGAAAUUGAUGCUAUCCGUGCCAAAACGACCACUAGCAGACAACAACAAUUAGGUCUAUUUCUUGACGAACAAGGGCUUAUGCGCUGCAAAGGAAGACUCGAAAAUGCUAACCUGAGUGAAGGGGCCAGACAUCCCAUUCUGUUACCAAAAAAUGAUCACCUUACCGAACUGAUUAUAGAAAGAACACACAAAGAGUUAUUGCAUAGUGGUAUCUCACAGACACUUGCUAAAACAAGACAAAAAUUUUGGAUCAUACAUGGUCGAGCAACAGUCAAGACCGUUUUAAACAAAUGUGUAUUGUGUAGACGUCAUGAAGGUGGUAGUUACAAAAUGCCACCAAUGUCUGCACUACCAUCGUCAAGAGUGACUGAAUCAACACCAUUUUCGAGAACAGGAUUAGACUAUUUCGGUCCAAUUUACCUUAAAACAUCAGGUGAAGAGAAGAAGGUUUGGAUAUGUUUAUAUACAUGUUUAGUAACACGCGCAAUUCACCUGGAAUUAGUCUCUGAUAUGUCCACAGAGGAAUUUCUGUUGUGUUUAAAACGCUUCAUAGCACAAAAGGGGACUCCAGUCGAAAUAACAAGUGAUAACGCAAAGCAAUUCAAAGCAGCAAGUUCGAUCCUAGAUCAAAUUUGGCAUGGAGUAUUACACAGUAACGAAGUUCAAAGUUACGUGGCAAAUGCAAAUAUAAAAUGGAACUUCAUUGUUGAACUCGCGCCUUGGAUGGGCGGGUUUUACGAACGUUUAGUUGGUUUGGUUAAAAGAUCUUUUAGAAAAGCAAUAGGAAGGAAACUCUUGACUUUGAUUCAAAUACAAACGUUAAUAAAAGAAGUAGAAGCUGUGGUCAAUUCGCGACCACUCAUCUAUGUUGGUGAUGAUAUACAUUCAACAAUUGCAUUAACGCCAAGUCAUUUUCUGACCUUGAAUCCGAACAUCGGAAUUCCACAAAUAUCAGAAGAGAGCGAUAGUGAAUAUUUACCAUACGAAAGUUCCACAAACAGGUUAUUAAAUAUUUGGAAGAAAGGUCAAAGAAUUUUAAAUAAGUUUUGGCAAAUAUGGCGGGAUGAGUAUUUACUAAGUUUAAGGGAAAGGAUGCAAACCCGACUAAAAACAAACAGAAUUCAGUCAUCAGUAAAGCCAACGGUCGGUGAUGUAGUGAUUGUUCAAGACAAUUGUUCACGAGGUAGUUGGAAACUUGCAAAAAUUGAGGAACUAAUCAAAAGUCGGGAUGGUGAAAUACGUGCUUGUAAAAUUCAAUUGUCUUCAGGAAACAUUCUUAACCGUCCACUGAAUUUACUUUUUCCCGUCGAAACUUCUCAUAGCACAGUUAAUACACAGAAUGACAUUAUAGAAAAAUUGCCACAGUGUAAAUUACAGUCAAAAGUGAACGAUAAGGAUCAAGGCUUAUCCCAACGUCCUAUGAGAGCUUCAGCAUCUAAAGCAUUAAAAACAAUAAAACAGCAGUUAUCCCAAUAA